CACACUUUACGGCCCGACCGGCCGCUUUUACUGCAGUUGCUCCUCCGGCCUCCGCUGCUCCCGCCGGAGCUGUCGUGAGCUCCAGUCCGGUGUGCGCUGCCGCAGGGAGGCCGCCCGGGGCCCGGCGAGCCGAACCAAUGCUGGACCUGGAGGUGGUGCCGGAACGCUCUCUGGGGAACGAGCAAUGGGAAUUUACUCUGGGCAUGCCUCUGGCUCAGGCAGUAGCCAUUCUUCAGAAGCACUGUCGCAUCAUCAAAAAUGUCCAGGUUCUCUACAGUGAGCAGUCUCCUUUAAGCCACGACCUCAUUCUUAACCUGACUCAGGAUGGGAUCAAACUACUAUUUGAUGCUUUCAAUCAGAGACUUAAGGUGAUUGAAGUAUAUGACUUGACUAAAGUGAAGUUAAAAUACUGUGGAGUACAUUUCAAUUCUCAAGCCAUAGCUCCUACUAUUGAGCAGAUUGACCAGUCUUUUGGCGCAACCCAUCCUGGAGUGUACAACUCCGCUGAGCAGCUCUUUCACCUCAACUUCAGAGGACUGUCCUUCUCCUUUCAAUUAGACUCCUGGACUGAGGCUCCCAAGUAUGAGCCCAAUUUUGCCCAUGGUCUAGCUUCCCUCCAAAUACCCCAUGGAGCAACUGUAAAGCGAAUGUACAUCUACAGUGGAAACAGCCUCCAGGACACCAAGGCUCCUGUGAUGCCCCUGAGCUGUUUCCUGGGCAAUGUCUAUGCCGAAAGCGUAGAUGUUCUUCGAGAUGGAACUGGACCUUCAGGCUUACGACUUCGCCUACUUGCUGCAGGUUGUGGCCCUGGUCUGUUAGCAGAUGCCAAGAUGCGGGUGUUUGAACGUUCAGUAUAUUUUGGUGAUUCCUGCCAAGAUGUUCUUAGCAUGCUUGGCUCUCCACACAAAGUCUUCUAUAAAUCUGAAGACAAGAUGAAAAUUCAUUCUCCUUCCCCUCAUAAGCAAGUUCCCUCUAAGUGCAAUGACUACUUUUUUAACUACUUCACUCUUGGAGUGGACAUCCUGUUUGAUGCAAAUACACACAAGGUGAAGAAGUUUGUCCUACAUACCAAUUACCCUGGACACUAUAACUUCAACAUCUAUCACCGCUGUGAGUUCAAGAUCCCACUGGCCAUAAAGAAAGAAAAUGCAGACGAUCAGACAGAAACGUGCACAACCUAUAGCAAGUGGGACAACAUCCAGGAGCUCCUGGGUCACCCUGUGGAAAAGCCUGUUGUCCUGCACAGGUCCUCCUCUCCGAACAACACCAACCCAUUUGGCUCCACAUUCUGCUUUGGCCUUCAGCGUAUGAUCUUUGAGGUCAUGCAGAACAACCACAUUGCCUCAGUGACUCUGUACGGCCCCCCCAGGCCCGGUGCCCACCUGAGGACAGCCGAGCUCCCCUAAGGACAUCACCCCUUGCCUCUCUGCCCUGAGGAAGGGUGCAGCGCUUCCUGCUCAACAGGCCUCCGUGUGCCACACCAUGGGCUUCCUCAGACGCUUUGCCAGCUGCUGUGCCAUUCGGAGGGGGCUCGGGCUGGGUGUGCCUCAUAGGAUGAGGAUUCCAGACAUGUCUCGGUCUGUCCUCAGCCUGCUGGUGCCAGCAGGGGACCCCAGCUGCAAAGAGCACAGACUGAGCUUCGAUUCCUGCCCCAGGAGCUCCUGACUAGCACGCCAGGAGGCAGGAUGUGUCCACGCCUGCCCCACACGUUGGGAAAACUCGGGGCUCUUUCUGUAGCUGAGGACACAGGGGCCCAGCAUGAGGACAGGGUCCUGCCUCUGGCCCCACGUUGCCACAUGAUUGUAAAAGCAGGCAGGAGUGAGUGUCCAUUGUCCUUGGUUGCCACAUUUGCACUACAUCCACUUUUGUUACUUGAUGAGCUGGCUGUGGUCAGGCGGCCCACUGCCCUGCCCUUUUCCUUUCUUGCACGCUCUCCCUGCCAGGCUCAGUAGGCGCAGCCAAGCUGGUUGAAGUACAGCUUUCUGCCACUGAGGCCUGUGCCCAGGCCUGGCCCCCACGCCUUGGAGCCAGCUUUCAAGGCCCCUAUGCCUCCGCUCUGCCCCAGCCCGGCUGCAGGGCUAUGCAUCUCCAUCCUGCUUGCCUCUUUUAUUUCAUGCCAAAGUUUUAGCCAAAGACAUCUUCCUUGUGUUGUGUUGCAGCAUUCUGUACCGCCCUGUGGGCCGAUUCCCUGCCCCAGUCGUGGGCACUGUCCCCUCAUCAUGGGUCUUGCUGAUGGAAAGUAGCAUAGUGCUUUAAGAAUAUUAACCUUUUGAAAAGAAAUAAGAAAUGUAUAAUUUUAUCCCAUUUUUAAUAUUUUGGUCUAGCAACUUGUGAUACAUAGAUGACAAUUUUGUGAGUUUUUCAAAUGUGUGUACAGAUUUUUGUAAAUAUGACUUUUGUAAUUAACUCAUGUACAGCCUCAUCCUGUAUAAUUCAGUGAAGAAGGUGCAGGGGACCCGCCCCAGGCAUCUGUCCAGUUUCUUGGCCCACAGCCAGCUCGUGUGGCGCUCCUGUGACUGGUGACUCCCCACAUGGACUGUGGCCAGGACCAUCCCCAUCCUCCUGGAAAACUGGGAGCCUUCCUCACUCCUGCCCGCAGUCCCUCUCCAAUAAAGCACUUGAGCCCUCA